GUCGAUCCAUCUUUCCGGCAAGUCAUUGAACUUUCCUCCGACGGCACCGGGGUUGCCUCCGCGGUUGCUUGGUCUCCCGCUGUGAUGGCUUCCGGAGAAGUAGCAGCCUCUUUGGACGAUUGUAUUGGAGUAUUUUCACAUAAUUUAGAAGGUUCUUUUUGUUGGAGCCAGACUGCAAUACUUGUGCAAGGAACAAAGGUUGAAGCCAUUCGAUGGACAGGCUCAGGAGAUGGUCUUAUCUCAGUUGGAAUUGAUGUUGUCUUAUGGAGAAAGAAGGGCUGGUCUUGGGAAAUAGCUUGGAAAUUCAGGCCGGAGUUUCCUCAAGCUUUGGUUUCUACUACCUCAUCCAUUGAAGGGCCAUUUGCAACUGCACCUCUAAAUAAACCGCAAAAUGGGGAUUCAACAGCUGUGACAAAAGAUGUCAGCAGAUGUGUAUUGAUUGGUCAUGGGAAAUCAAAGUACAUCAAAGCUGAGCUCCGUCAUCAUGUGCCUGUUUCCAUGAUUCAGUGGAGGCCUUUGGUAGCUAACCAAUGGAAAGAGAAACCAAAACAUCUGCUGAAGCUGGUUUUGUUAACAUGCUGUGCUGAUGGAACUGUAAGGUUGUGGAGUGAGAUCGAUGAUGGACGGGCCAGGAAGACUGGGAAGGGCCAAAAUGAUCAAAGACCAACAGGGUCAUCUUUUCGAGUUGCUGCCACAAUUGAGAUAAAUCAAGCAGUAAACGGUAUUCUGGGUUCUGAUGUGUUUGUAAGAUGGGCCUCCGAACUUGAUGGUAUUGUUAAUAUUGGUAAAGAAGCUAGCCAAUAUUUUGCUUCAGAAGAGUAUCACCAUGGCAAAGCUGGCAAGUGUGACUGGCUAAUUUGUUUUGGCCCUCAAAUGCUGGUAACCUUCUGGGCUGUCCACUGUAUUGAUGAUUUUUCCCCAUUGAGAUUCCCACGAGUGACCUUGUGGAAAAGGCGAGAGUUAUUGGGUCUUAAAAAAGGAGCAAGCUUUCUACUUCACAAGGCUGUUAUAUCAAGGAAUGGAUUCUUUGGCCCACCGGACGUAUGCUCUGUAGUUCACUUAUUACCGUGUAAUCAUUUGGUGUGGUUACAGUUUUAUGAACACACAUCAUCGGAUGCUAAUAAAAUAUCUGAUAUGGAGGAUUCUCUGUCGUCUAUUGCUAAUAGAACUUUAAACAUAGAUGGUCAUACCGGAAAGAUUUUACAAAUUGUAUUGCAUCCUUAUGGAUGUUAUCCUAAACUGGCGGUUUCUUUGGAUACUGAUGGUGUGAUUUUGUUUUGGUCACUUUCCAACAGUAUCAUGGGUUUAUCAGCAUUGAACUCUGGCUGCAAACUUUCUGGCAAAUUUGUAGUUCAGGAUUCUCAAUGCAAAUACACUAGCUUGAGGUGGGCACCUGCAAUAAUACAUGAUCACAGGAUUCUAUUAAUGGGGCAUGCUAGAGGCAUAGAUUGCUUUGUAGUUAAGGUUUGUGAAAAUGAAGACCUAAUAUUGUGUCAUAAAUUAUGUACUAUCCCUUUCACUGGUACCUGUGAUGAAGACGGACCAACCAGUAUCUGGUCAAUUCCUUUGACUUCUACGUGUAGCAACUUUCUAUAUAACAACUUUAUAGUGGUAGCUAUACGGAAAGGGAACUUUCAGGCAUUAUCAUGGAAAAUUACCAUUCAUCCUUCAGAUCCACACAACCAUGAUAGCAUUACAAGCUUUGCUGUUGUUGGUCUGUAUAACUUCUCUACAGCUAAACAAGAGCAAAAUGUUGGUAGUGGAAUGUUCAGCAAUUAUGUUGCAUAUCACAUGGUUACUGGCUGUUUUGAUGGCAGUUUAAAACUAUGGAGAAGUAUGGCUGCUGAAUCACUUAACUUGGAUCAAGAGUGGAAACUGGUAGGCAUGAUUGCCUCUCAUGAGGGCCCCAUUACGAGAGUAAGUCCAACUGAUUGUGGUCGAAAGAUUGCAACUAUAUCUACUGUCCAUGAGUCAAAUAAACAUAGCACUCUUCACAUAUGGGAAUCUGUGUACCUCGGAGGAAAUGGGAGUUUUUUACUUGAAGACACUAUAUAUCUUGAUGGAGUGGUUGUUGCUUUAAAUUGGUUGACAAUAGGUAAUGGUCAGCUACUGCUUGGAGUUUGCUUGCAGAAUGAACUGCAAGUGUACUCCAUGAGGCGUCGUGGAGGUCAAAGUUUUAUAGAUUCACAAAAAUCUUUGGAUAGAAACAUGUGGUUUUGUCUUGCAAAAACUCAUACUCGCACCGCCAUCCGUGAUUUCAUUUGGGGACCUAAAGCAACAGGUGUGAUUGUUCAUGAUGACUACUUUUGUCUUUUCAGCCAGUUGUUACUCCCUAGCAACCAGAGACACAUGUCUAAGUGUCAUCAGAAUAUUUGUGAAGAUAAUUCUUUUGAUAAUGAUGGUAGAUCAGAUAGAUGUAUGCUUCCUGAAGUUUUUAGUGAUUCUGAUGCUCAUGCUUUUGAAACAUUGACAUUGAAGGACAGCACUGAACCAUGCCUACCCAGAUAUCCUAUAAAAAUGAACAUGGAGAAUUGUAUAUUUUCAAGCAUAUCUGGAAGCGAUAGACAUAAAUAUCAUACCAGUACAGAGAUUGGUUUUUGCAGCAUCUUGGAAAUAGCAGCACAUGUUGGUGGAACUCUACCCACCUACCACCCUGAAGCUCUCCUGGUGAAUAUAUAUUCAGGCAAUUGGAAACGUGCACGAAGUUCCCUGGGGCAUCUCUUUGAACAUCUUACUUCUAAUAAUGCGGAUUGGAAAGGAAAUCGUACUGCUAAGUCUGGCCAUAAAAUUCCACAAAUCGGCUUGUUGGACUAUGUUGAAGGACUUAUCUCAACAAAUGGCAAUGCAAAUGUAGGCACGUCUUCCAGUUUCCGGUUAGAUACAUUUAAUUACUCUGAUUGGGAUUCUAAUGCUUCUAGCAAUUCAUUAAAUUCGACUUCUACAAGAUCUGGAUGGAGUGGAUUCACUGAUUCCCUUGAGAAGUUACAGGAUAUUUCAGCUAUAACAAAUAUUGAAAAGAUACAUAUUCUUGCUGUUAUUGAUCUUCUUGAUGAAAUUUGUAAUUCAAACGCAUCUUCGCCAUAUGGAGGCCUUGACGAACCUGGUCGUAGGUUCUGGGUUGCAGUAAGGUUUCAGCAGCUUUAUUCUGUCAGGAGACUGGGGAGAUUGCCAUCCAUGGGAGAGUUGGUCAUUGACUCAGCCCUUAUUGGUUGGGCUUUUCACUCUGAUUGUCAAGAAAGCUUGUUUGAAUCUCUUUUGAAUAACGAAUCAUCUUGGCAUGAAAUGCGUAACAUGGGUGUUGGAUUUUGGUACACGAAUAAAUCACAGUUGCGAGUAAAGAUGGAGAGGCUGGCAAAACAGCAAUAUCUGAAAAGUAAGGAUCCAAAGGCUUGCACACUUCUGUAUGUAGCUUUAAAUAGGCUGCAAGUUUUGGCUGGUCUUUUUAAAAUCAGCAAAGAUGAAAAAGACAAGCCACUGGUGGCAUUUCUUUCACGCAAUUUUCAGGAGGAGAAAAAUAAGGCUGCUGCUUUGAAAAAUGCUUAUGUGUUGAUGGGAAGACAUCAGCUGGAGCUUGCUGUAGCCUUUUUCAUGCUUGGAGGUGAUACUGCUGCUGCUAUCAAUAUUUGUGCAAAAACUCUUGGGGAUGAGCAGCUUGCUCUUGUAAUUUGUCGUCUUCUUGAAGGGUAUGGUGGGCCAUUGGAACACCAUCUUAUAUCAAAGGUCCUGUUGCCAUGCGCGUAUGAAAAUGGUGACUACUGGAAAUCAAGCUUUCUGGAGUGGAUAUUAGGGAAUUACUCUAAAGCUUUUCUGAGCAUGCUUGGUGACCAAGUUAAUUCUCCAUGCAAUAACUCAACCCUCUCGUCCAACCAUGCAGCCUUUAUAAAUCCCAGCAUUGGCCAAUAUUGCCUAAUGUUGGCAACCAAAAACCAGAUGAAGAAUGCUAUUGGAGAACAAAAUACUGCAAUCCUUGGUAGAUGGGCAAUUUUGAUGAGCUCUACUGCAUUAAGCAGAUGUGGUUUACCUCUUGAAGCUUUGGAGUGCCUAUCAUCUUCACUCAGCAUGUUCAGUGCUUCAAGUCAAGGAAGUGCAUCAGAUAAUUCCGAAACUAAAAUUCUGAAUGAGAGACUGAAGCCAUCUGCAAGUAUUUCUUCCUCAAGCUGGAUGUCAGGAGACGUGGCAUUGCUUAUGCUCUCACAUGCCAAGUACAGUUUUGCAUUGCAAUACAUUACAAAUUUAUUGAUAGAACAUCCAAGUUGGCCAGAAAACAUCAUAGCAUCAUCUCAAACAUUUGGUUACUCACACCCUGAAAUUCAGCAGUAUAACACACUGCUAUCAACUUUUGAAAGCAAGCUAAGCACAGGGCUUGUAUAUUUUGAGCAGAAGUAUUCCUUGAUUCGCCGCCAUCUGAUUAAUAUGAUUAGUGCUUCUUUGUACAAUUAUGGCCUCGUGUUCAUUGGUUGCCAUAUAUUGCGACAUGACACUUCUGAAGAUAUUUCACAAGGCGAGCCCUUUGCAUUGAACGGAAAUCCAUCCUAUCCUUCACUGCCAAUGCUCCUUUUGAAGGCUAUCGAAGAUUUUACCUAUUUAUUCUCAAGGUAUAACGUGGUUUGUAGGAUGACUUGCUACGACACAGAAGCACACUUCAUUCAGAAAACUGAGGUCGUUGGGAGUAGCUGGUGUUGGUUAAGCUCCUGCAGGUUUUAUAUGAAGGAUCUCUUGCAGUUGGUGUCGAAUAUAAGAACUGGACUGAAAUCUCUCUAUGGUUCUUAUGCUGAAAAUGUUUUACAGACACCCUUAUUUCUUCUUGAUUUAUGCGAGUAUUACAUAUAUUUCGCAUCGGCUUGGUUCCAAAAGAAUUCUAAAAGUCUUAUUCUUGUUUUGAAACCUAUUUUGCUUACAUAUUCCAAUGAAUCUGUAUCAUUUGAGACUAACAUGAAAACUCUGAAUAAGAUCCUUCCUGAAAUAGCUGAGGGGCUGAGUCACAAUGACAUGAUCAUGGAUUUUGAAUCUUCUAUUCAGACCACCAGAUUAACAGUCAAUGAUCAAAGUGGACAUGUUCUGCCGGAAAAGGAUAAAUGGCAAAUUAUACGGGAUUCUUUGUGGGGACUCUUGUCUAGAUUUCUGAAAUACCAAAUUGAUUCAUUGCCUGAGAACCUUGAAGAUAAUUCCUCUGUUUGUCCUCCAUGCAAGCUUUCUUCCUACAUGUCUAGUUUUACAUUACCUGAUCAUGAUAAUGAUAGCAUAAAGGCACAAUUGCAGUUAGUGUCAGUGGUCUUGUCGAAGUUGCUGAAGGUGGAAUCAGAUUAUGCCUUAUCUUAUUGUGCAAAACAGCUUGCAUCAUUCUUGCUGCAGAAAGGGAGGGAUCAUUCAAAUGAAUCUACAAUUUUUUGGUUAGAAGAUCUAUGCAGGUCUACGACUGUAACCAAUUAUCGGGGUCUUGAUCUGGGCAUUGAUGUUUCUAAAAUAAUGAAUAAUGAAGACGGAUUAUCAGCUUUUGAAGUACUAUGGAGUAUGCUUGAUGAUCAGAAAAUGCUAUUAGGAGAUUUUGCAGUGGAAUAUUCCAAGUGGUCUCAGCUUAUUAAGCAGAAACACUCUAAAGGAUGGAGUGAUAUGUUUACAAGCAUCACAGUGGAGUAUGAAGCUUCUGAAAAUGGUAAUCAAGAAGGGAGGCUUGAUACAGCCCUUUCUGCAAAUUCAAUUGUAUAUCCUAUUGACGUCAGGUCUCCUGAUAUCCUUUCUGUAAAUUUUGGAAGUAAAGAUUCAGCCAUAAAAAUGAGACACAUGCCUUUCCAGAAACCUAAAGAAGUACAUAAAAUAAAUGGAGAACUGCUUGAGGCUUUGUGCAUCAAUUCCAUUGAUCAACAACAAGCUGCAAUCGCUAGCAAUAAAAAGGGGAUAAUCUUCUUUAACCGCAAAGAUGGGCAAACUUGCUUUGAUAAGUCCAAAUAUAUCUGGACAGAUGUUGAUUGGCCCAUUGAUGGGUGGGCUGGAUCUGAAUCUAUUCCUGUUCCUACAUGUGUUUCUCCUGGCAUUGGUCUUGGAAGCCGGAAGGGGACGCACCUUGGUUUGGGAGGAGCAACAAUCGGUGUUGGUUUGGCAAGACCAGGAAGAGAGUCCACUGCUGCUGUAAGCACUUCUCUUGGUUGGGAGAUUCAAGAAGAUUUUGAGGAGUUCAUUGAUCCACCUGCAACUGUAGAUAAUAUUAGAACAAGAGCAUUCUCAAGUCACCCUUCAAGACCUUUCUUCUUGGUUGGUUCAAGCAAUACACAUGUAUACCUAUGGGAGUUCGGUAAACAUGCAGCUACAGCUACAUAUGGAGUCCUUCCUGCUGCAAAUGUUCCUCCACCAUAUGCUCUUGCUUCAAUAUCAGCUCUGCAGUUUGAUCAUUGUGGACAGAGGUUUGCUACUGCCGCAUUAGAUGGAACAGUGUGCACGUGGCAACUUGAGGUGGGUGGAAGGAGCAAUGUUCGUCCAACGGAAUCAUCUCUCUGCUUUAACAACUAUACAUCGGAUGUGACCUAUGUUUCUUCAAGUGGAUCAAUUGUUGCUGCAGUAGGUUAUAGCUCCAGCAAUGUUAAUGUUGUUAUAUGGGAUACACUUGCUCCUCCCGCAACAUCUCGAGCUUCCAUCAUGUGUCAUGAAGGUGGUGCGCGCUCCCUUUCUGUAUUUGCUAAUGACAUAGGAAGUGGUUCUGUUUCUCCCCUUAUUGUGACCGGUGGAAAGGGGGGCGAUGUUGGAGUCCAUGAUUUCCGUUACAUAGCCACUGGAAGACCAAAGAGACACAAAAAUUCUGAUAACAGCGAACAAAAGUUCAAUGCAUCUUCAACAGCAGGCUUGCAAAACAAACAUGGGGAUCAGAAUCGAAAUGGGAUGCUGUGGUACAUACCAAAGGCUCAUUCAGGGAGUGUUACCCGAAUAUCGGCUAUUCCAAAUACCAGUUUUUUCUUGACUGGAAGCAAAGAUGGAGACGUGAAGCUUUGGGAUGCUAAGAGGGCAAAGUUGGUAUAUCACUGGCCAAAAUUGCACGAUAAACACACCUUUCUUCAACCUAGCUCACGAGGCUUCGGAGGAGUUGUUAGGGCUGCUGUGACGGAUAUUCAAGUCGUUUCUAAUGGUUUUCUUUCAUGUGGGGGAGAUGGUUCUGUUAAGUUGGUUCAGCUUAGAGAUAUAUAGUAUGACCAGUUGUUCCAUCUGUUCAUGUCGUGUUCAUCACCGACUUCACCAUCGUUCUUCGUGGUAUCUUUCCAUUUUCAACCCGGAUCCGUACUUCUUUAGCAUGUAUAUAUAUAGGGUAAAUCAACUUCCAUCACAAUUUUCACAAUAGUUUAUUCACCGAUACGAGAUUUUGUGUAAGGUAUAUGAACAAACUGUUAGAAUCGUAAAAUCAGAUCGAAUUGCUGAGUUGGUUCGGUUUCGGUAUAAUGUAGUUUGCUCUUUGUUGGAAACAUUUUAUUACCAAUUCUUGUAUUUUUUUUUUUCCUGUAACUGUGGGUUUGUGAGGCAAUACCUUACAAAGAAAAUUUUGUUAACUGAUUUUGUUUUUAGUACU